CUAUCUGCUGCUAGGCCGCGUUCAGCAAGCCUCGACCGCUGCUUGUAUCCAUCGAACUCGAUGAGCCGCCCUGUGACACGUGCAUUGCCGGCGCCACUGGGGUCCUUGUGAACGGCGUCAUCGAGCGCGACCAUCACCGUUCACUCGAACAACAACAACAUCUCAGGCCUCCCACAUAAACCUCACAUAUACACGCAAUAUGCGACGACGACCUCUAUGUACCUCUGCGUCACGUGUCACAGCUUCGCUGCUGCUGUCCUUCCUCGCCAUUAGCAGCGCUGCGGAAGUGCCUCUACUCCCGCUACCGCCGACAUCGCCCCAUGUACACAACACCGAGAAGGAGUUCACCCUCCGCCACAUAUACCACCAUGGUACCUACCAGUAUCCCGAGCUGCACCGCCGACUCAACGUCCCGGACAAGGCAGCAGUAUACAUGGUUGAACACGAGGAUUCAGCCAAUCGGGAACCGGUGCCUGCCUUGCGCGCCAAGUCGGAGAUCAUGAGCAUCGAGAGGAUGGUGCACAGGGAUAGGGAUACCAUCGACGGCAUACUAGACUAUGGCCGAAUGAAAGGGAAGGCGGUGCAGCUGGCUGCCGAAGACUGGACCAUCGAUGAGCUGCCAGGACCGAACGUGACCGAUAGGGAGACGGUGCUCAGUUUUGCGCGCAUGGCAUCGAAUGCCUACAUAAUAGAGCCUGGCACAGGGGACUGGGAAGAUGUGGGUGGGGGCUUCAACUACACCGAAGACUUUGGCUGGGAGGCUGAUGGCUUGCGGGGUCACAUCUUCGCUGACACGGAGAACUCGACUGUUGUCAUAGGGCUGAAAGGCACGUCACCUGCCAUGUUUGACGGCUCGGAGACAACCACAAACGACAAGAUCAACGACAACUUGUUCUUCAGCUGUUGCUGUGGCCAGGGUGGCCAGUACCUCUGGCGGCAGGUCUGCGACUGUCAGACCGCUGCAUACACUUGCAACUCGACUUGUCUCGUCACUGCUCUGCGAGAGAAGAACCGCUACUACUAUGCGGCCCAGGAUUUGUAUCACAAUGUCACAGCACUGUACCCGCAUGCCGAGAUAUGGUUCGCUGGUCACUCCCUUGGAGGCGCGGUCUCCUCGUUCCUGUCUUUGACGUACGGUCAUCCUACCGUCACCUUCGAGGCAGUCCCAGAAGCCAUGCCAGCAGCCAGACUUGGUCUACCAACACCACCUGGUCACCAGAUUGGCUCGAUGCAACAGCGAAAGAUGACUGGUGGCUACCACUUUGGCCACACAGCAGAUCCUGUCUUCAUGGGUCAGUGCAACACAGCGACGAGUGUGUGUACCAUUGGCGGAUAUGCAAUGCAGAGUGUCUGCCACACUGGCAAGAAGUGUACGUACGACACUGUGAAGGACUUUGGCUGGCGUGUCGGUAUUGGUACACACAAAAUCGCCGAAGUGAUUCGCGAUGUCAUUUUGAAGUACGACCAGCCAGCCAAAUGUGAGCCCUACGUCAACUGCACGGAUUGCUACCCUUGGGAGUAUUUCGAGAGCAACGGUACGGAAACAACCACUUCGUCAAAGUCGAAGCCAACAUCAACGUCAACAUUCACUCGCAGUACCCGCACGCGGACCGAGACAUGUAAAACACCGGGUUGGUGGGGUUGUCUUGAUGAAUCCACUACCGGCAGCGCCACAACCACUAUCAAGACCACUUCGACAUCGUCAACCUCGACGUGCAAGACCCCAGGCUGGUUCGGCUGCAAAGACAAAGAUCCCUCAGAAGAAACAUCCACUAUCACAACGACGGUCGCCAGUCCUGCGCCAGCACCUUCCGUCACGACCACCUCACACUCACCGACCUCUUCCGCGUCGACUUCAUCGUGCAUGUAUCCGGGCUGGUUUGGCGGAUGUCUCGACGGCGAUGAUCCCCCAGGCCAUUCGCCCAGCUCUCACAAGUCGACCAUACCGACGCCCACUGCGUCGACGACUACGUGUACGGACGAAGGAUGGUUUGGUCUGAUUUGCUAUGACAAGACAAAGACGAAGAAGGGGAAGACCACAGAGAAAGAGACUGUUACUGAGCGGAUGGAGAUGUAAAACGUACUUGCAUCGACCGCUGUUGCCAGAAUUUGUUGAGCGUUACUCGGGUUUACAAGCAUUAUAUCCAAGGCGUAUGGAUUGCAUAGGCGUUGGGAGGUCGAACCAUCAAAUAUACAGACUAGU